UUCCUUCGUAGCGCAUGCCCGAAAAUUUCUCUAAAAAUACACACAGAAUUUUCGUGUCAGUCUGCAUGUGCAACGGAGAUCCGAAGGUGGUGCAUAAUUUUUAAAACAGGCCCGGACUCAUUCAGUGAAAUAGUCGACGACCACCUAACAUCAAGCAACCAAGGCAAAAAACAAGAGGGCCGCAAGAGAAAAAAAUAAACAAAUAAACAAAAAUGUUGGUGCGGCUGGUGAGAACGAAAAACCUACUGCGAUCGUCCACGGUAAAAUGGACGGCGCAAAACAAAUAUUCCACCAAAGUGGAAUACAAACCGAUCAGAAGCGUUUUAGUGGCGAACAGAGGAGAAAUAGCAGUCAGAGUUUUCAGGGCCUGUAACGAACUGGGGAUCAAAUCCGUCGCUAUUUACUCCAAAGAAGAUAGGGCGCACAUUCACAGACUUAAAGCCGACGAAUCCUACUUGGUGGGCGAAGGCAAACCGCCGGUGGCCGCUUAUUUGGACAUCCCAGAGAUCAUUAGCAUUUGCAAGAACAAUGGCAUCGACGCCGUCCAUCCCGGUUACGGUUUUCUGUCGGAACGUGCGGAUUUCGCGCAGGCAGUCAUCGAUGCCGGCAUCAGGUUCAUCGGCCCCAGUCCCAAGGUGGUGCACCAGAUGGGAGACAAGGUGGCCGCCAGGGAGGCGGCCAUCGCUGCAGGAGUGCCAAUCGUACCCGGUACAGACGGCCCAAUCACGACAAAAGAAGAAGCUAAGGAAUUCUGCGCGAAGCACGGUCUUCCAGUCAUAUUCAAAGCAGCCUACGGAGGUGGUGGCAGGGGAAUGAGAGUCGUCCGCGAGAUGUCCGAAGUGGAGGAAAACUUCCAAAGAGCCUCAUCGGAAGCUUUAAGUGCGUUCGGAAAUGGCGCCAUGUUCAUCGAGAAGUUCAUCGAAAGACCACGCCACAUCGAAGUGCAACUCCUAGGAGACAAAGCUGGAAACGUCGUGCAUCUCUACGAACGUGACUGUUCGGUACAACGUCGUCACCAAAAGGUCGUGGAAAUGGCCCCUGCGCCACACCUCGACCCCAAAGUAAGAAACCAAAUGACAGAUUUAGCCGUUAAAUUGGCUAAACACGUGGGAUACGAAAACGCUGGUACCGUAGAGUUUUUGUGCGACUCAAAAGGCAACUUCUACUUCAUCGAAGUAAAUGCUAGAUUGCAAGUGGAACACACUGUCACGGAAGAAAUUACAGGCAUCGAUCUGGUGCAAUCUCAAAUCCGCAUCGCUGAAGGUAUGACUUUGCCUGAGUUGGGUAUCAGUCAGGAUAAAAUAACACCACAAGGUUUCGCCAUCCAAUGUCGUGUCACCACCGAAGAUCCAGCCAAAAACUUCCAACCUGACACUGGAAGAAUCGAAGUGUUCAGAUCCGGUGAAGGUAUGGGUAUCCGUCUGGAUGGCGCUUCGGCAUUUGCUGGCGCCAUAAUCUCGCCAUAUUACGACUCACUUCUCGUCAAGGUCAUCGCUCAUUCCAAAGAUCUCCAAUCAGCUUGCGCCAAAAUGAACAGAGCCCUCCGCGAGUUCAGAGUGCGUGGCGUCAAAACCAAUGUACCUUUCCUACUCAACGUCUUGGAGAACCAAAAAUUCAUCAACGGUGCCGUAGAUACCUACUUCAUCGAAGAAAACCCGCAACUGUUCAACUUCCAACCCACCAAGAACAGAGCUCAAAAGCUUCUCAACUACCUCGCGCAAGUCCUGGUUAACGGACCACAAACUCCUUUGGCCACGAAAUUGAAGCCCGCCGAAAUCAAACCUCAUGUACCCAUUGCUUCAACAGAGUAUUUGGCCUACACUCCCGAACAAAACCCAUCUGCUCAACCUCCAAGGGGUCUCCGCCAAGUCUACAAGGAACAAGGACCCGAAGCCUUCGCAAAGGCAGUACGAAACAACAAAGGACUCCUCCUCAUGGACACCACGUACAGAGACGCCCAUCAGUCCCUGUUAGCCACCAGAGUCAGAUCUCACGAUCUCCUCAAAAUCUCACCGUUUGUAACCCACAAUUUCAGCAACUUGUACUCUCUGGAGAACUGGGGAGGCGCUACCUUCGACGUAGCCUUGAGAUUCUUACACGAAUGUCCGUGGGAAAGGUUGGAAGAAAUGAGGAAGAUGAUUCCAAACAUUCCCUUCCAAAUGUUGUUGAGAGGAGCUAACGCUGUCGGUUAUACCAACUAUCCCGACAAUGUUGUCUAUGAAUUCUGCGACCUAGCUGUUAAAACAGGUAUGGACGUCUUCAGAGUGUUCGACUCCUUGAACUACCUUCCAAACUUGAUCCUUGGUAUGGAUGCUGCCGGUAAAGCCGGUGGUAUCGUUGAAGCUGCCAUUUCUUACUCUGGCGAUGUAAGCGACCCCACCAAAAAGAAGUACGACCUCAAAUACUACGUCAACCUUGCCGACGAGUUGGUUAAAGCUGGAACUCACGUGUUGGCCAUCAAAGAUAUGGCUGGUCUUCUCAAACCAAAAGCGGCAAAGAUGCUUGUAGGUGCUAUUAGAGACAAGCACCCCGACGUGCCAAUCCACAUCCAUACCCAUGACACCAGUGGAGCCGGUGUAGCUUCCAUGUUGGCUUGCGCUGAAGCAGGUGCUGAUGUUGUUGAUGUAGCUGUUGAUUCUAUGUCUGGGUUGACCAGUCAACCCAGUAUGGGAGCUGUCGUAGCCUCUCUACAAGGCACCGAUUUGGACACGAACUUCGACUUAUCAAAGAUCUCCGAAUAUUCCGCUUACUGGGAACAAACUAGGACUCUAUACGCGCCAUUCGAAUGUACUACUACCAUGAAGAGCGGUAAUGCUGAUGUGUACAAUAACGAAAUCCCCGGUGGUCAAUACACCAACUUGCAAUUCCAAGCCUACUCUUUGGGUCUUGGUGAUUUCUUCGAGGACGUCAAGAAGGCUUACGCUGAAGCUAACAUUUUGUUGGGCGACAUUAUCAAGGUCACGCCGUCAUCCAAAGUCGUCGGUGAUUUGGCUCAGUUCAUGGUGCAAAACAAGCUCAAAACUCAAGAUGUCUUGGACAAAUGCGAAGAGUUAUCUUUCCCCAAAUCCGUCAUCGAAUACCUUCAAGGUUACAUUGGACAGCCCUACGGAGGAUUCCCUGAACCACUUCGCUCCAAGAUCCUCAGGGAUAUGCCGCGCGUUGAGGGCAGACCGGGCGCCACUAUGGCGCCGUUCGACUUCUCGGGAUUGAAGAAGGAAAUAAUAGAAACGUUCCCGCACGCCACCGACAGAGACAUUAUGUCCGCCGCGCUGUACCCACAAGUGACCAAGGAGUUCCUGGACUUCCGCGAGCAAUACGGACCUGUGGACAAGUUGGACACCAGGAUCUUCCUGACCGGACCCAAAGUGGGCGAGGAGUUCGAGGUCACGAUCGAGAAGGGCAAAAACCUGGGCAUAAAAACUCUGGCGAUGGCCGAGGACUUGACCGAGAACGGCGAACGCGAGGUGUUCUUCGAGCUCAACGGCACGCUGCGCUCCGUGAUGAUCAGAGACAAGGACGCCGGCAAGGAGAUGCACUUCCAUCCCAAGGCCGACAAGACCAACAAGAGUCAAGUCGGCGCGCCCAUGCCCGGCACGGUGAUCGACAUCCGCAUCAAGGUGGGCGACAAAGUCGAGAAAGGAGCCGCCCUAGUCGUCUUGUCCGCCAUGAAGAUGGAGACCAUCGUUCAAAGCCCGGUCGCCGGUAUCGUCAAGUCGAUCGAAGUAAACAUGGGCAUGAAGUUAGAGGCUGAAGAUUUGCUUAUCACCGUAGAAUAAGUUUUUUUAAUACUUCCAUUUAGGCUGUGUUAGAUCAUGACCGAAAUUUAUUAUUGUUAGUUGAAUAACAAAUUAAACAGUUUGUAAAUACUAUUUGUAUAUAUAAUGUCAUGUUUGAUAUUUUUAUUAUUACGUUUUAUAUUGAAUUUCAAUUGUUGAUUGGUUACAUUUCCAUUUUACAUUAAAAUAUUUUUAUAAAUAAAGUCUUUUAAUUAA